CAGGCCUGUUAAUGUAAAGUUUACCAGUUGUGUUGAUGCAUUCGGUGUCAUCUUAUACUCAGUUUCUCUUCUAUAACACAAGUUUGUCAUUCACCUCAAUUCUGCCUUAUUUAGAUUGCUGCUGUCUGAAGCCUUUUAUUUCACCAAGUUUUAGUUAGCCAACCACUAAAAGCCAGUACCCAUUCACUCGUUUUCUUUUUUUGUUCCCUUCAUCAACAUCCUCUUUGGUGCCGUUCACCUGACACUACAAGUCAGUGGAGCAUCACAAUUUUAGGUAGAAAAGUUACAUAAUGUUGCUUUAAGGAACCAUCACUGAUUUGUUUGGCUGUUACAUUAUUAUUUAAAUGUGGUCAGUAUCAGAUUCCAGCGUGGACAGAUCACGACCCCGAACUCACACACAAAAAAAACAAUAACACCUCGUACAGCGUCACACACAGUAUGCUGUCAACCGAAGUAAACAUGGAGGCCACCGAAAGCAGCGUUUACAGUUUCAUUCAGAGGUUGAUGUGGAAGCCGGAGAAUGUGUGCGCAGAUAAUGAGGACGAGUUAAAAUAAAAUAAGUUCUUUAAGUAUUUUGAUGAAGAUUCGAUAAAAUAUGUGCCAGGAGAAGCAAAAAUUAAAUAGUGGAAUGUUUUUAAGGCUGGAAUGGAUGUGACUGUUAAGAGACAGUACAGACCUCUGCCCUGUAUCUAUAGCACUGAAAGCUGCCCUGUAUCAGUAGCAUCAAUAUCUGUCCUGUAUCUAUAGCAUGGAUUGCCACCCUGUAUCUACAGCAUCACCCUCUGUAACUUAGGUAUUAUUGUCAAAAGCGAUUAAAUCAAAUCUUUAUUAAUCGUCAACAAUUAGUGCCAAAUUAUUGGACUUUAUUAAAACUUAUUAAAUAAAGUCAAUAUUAAUAAUAUAAUUAUUGUUACUAUCUACUAUCUCUGACCUCGGAUGUAAACAUUAUCUGAGCCUUACUACAGUAGUCAGUUAAUAAGUAAUUAUUAGAUGAGCAGACUGAACUGUCUGGGCCACAUUAAAGUCUAAUUGCAUUAUUAGGGACCGAGCCAGCGACCGCUGGAGGUCCCUAUUGUUUCAAAAACCUUGUAUCCACGUGUUCGGUGAAUGGAGCUGAAUCUCCCCAUAUAGGCCCCGCCCACUUCCGUCUAUAAUUUUUUUCGUUAGAGCACGAAAUGUCCUUUAACUACUUUUUCGUGUUUCUCCUACACCCUAUGUCCGAUUCACAAAAUGUUUCACCAACACCUGGGGACCGCCCUGGCAAAAAAGGUAAUUUGAACAUUUUUGAAAUUUCAAAAAAUAAGCACACUAUAAAAUUAACACUUCCUGUAGAUUUUUCGUCAAAAAAGGAAAUGGACCAUUUCAAGACAUUUGUAUGUCCGAUUGAUACCAAGCUUGGAUCCAUAGUUCCUCAUGUCUUCCUUAGACAAUGUGCACAAUUUCAGGCCAUCACCACUAGGGGGCGCUCUUUAAAAUGAAGAAGUUUAUAUUUCUGCAACGGCACAUGAUUUAAAUGAAACUUGGUAGGAUGCUUGCCUAGCCCUAACCCCUAACCUGGUUGUCCCACGAGGAGUAUGUUAGCCUAAAUGAAUCCACCACCCCCAGUCAUAUUAAUACUCACAUUCCUCGAGGCACAGGCCGAGGAGGUGGAGUGGCAGCCAUAUAUGAUUCGAGCGUUUUAAUGGACCCUAAACCUAAACUAAAUUAUAAUUCAUUUGAAAGCCUUGUUCUUAGUCUUUCUCACCCAAACUGGAAAACACUGCAGCCAGUUCUAUUUGUUAUAGUGUACCGUGCUCCUGGACUGUACUCUGAUUUUAUAUCUGAAUUCUCAGAGUUUUUAUCAAGUUUAGUCCUUAAAUCAGAUAAAGUAAUUAUUGUAGGUGAUUUUAAUAUUCAUGUGGAUGUUGACAAUGACAGCCUUAGUAACGCAUUUAUAUCAUUAAUAGACUCAAUUGGCUUCUGUCAGAGUGUAAAUAAACCAACUCAUUGUUUUAAUCACACUCUUGACCUUGUUCUAUCAUAUGGCAUUGAUAUUGAACAUUUAAUAGUCUUCCCACAUAAUCCUUUCCUAUCUGACCAUUAUUUAAUAACUUUUGAAUUCAUACUAUUAGAUUAUAAGCCAUUAGGCAAAACUUCCUACAGCAGAUGUCUAUCUGACAGUGCUGUAGCUAAAUUUAAGGAGGAGAUUCCUUCAGUGUUUAAUUCAAUGCCAUGUCUGAAUUUAACAGAGUCCUAUAACGACUUUAGUCCCUCUGAAAUUGAUAAUCUUGUCGAUAGUGCUACAGGCUCACUACGAUCAACAUUAGACUCUAUCGCUCCUAUAAAAAGGAAAUUAUUAAAACAUAGGAGACUAGCACCUUGGUACAACCACCAAACCCGCCAGUUAAAACAAAUAGCUAGGAAAUCUGAAAGGAAAUGGCACUCUUCCAAAUUAUCAGAAUAUCGCUCAAAUUGGCAAGAUAAUCUUAAAACUUAUAGAAAGGCCCUCCGUAAUGCCAGAGGAGCCUAUUACUCAGCACUAAUAGAAGAAAAUAAGAAUAACCCUAGGUUCCUCUUCAGCACUGUAGCCAGGCUGACAGAGAGUCACAGCUCUAUUGAGCCACAUAUCCCCAUAAACUUAAGUAGCAACGACUUCAUGAGCUUCUUCUAUAAUAAAAUUAUUACUAUUAGAGAGAAAAUUAAUCACUAACUGCCAUCAACAGUUAUCAGUGGCUCUCCAAGUUCAGGGACGUCUGUCAAUGUAAACUUAGAUAUAUAUUUAGACUGUUUUUCUGCUAUCGAUCUUCAUCAGUUAACUUCAAUCAUUUCUUCAUCGAAGCCAUCAACCUGUCUGUUAGACCCGAUCCCAACUAGGCUGCUUAAAGAAGUUGUUCCCUUAAUUGGCACUUCUUUACUGGAUAUGAUUAAUCUUUCUUUAUUAUCAGGAUAUGUACCACAGUCCUUUAAAGUAGCUGUAAUUAAACCCCUUCUUAAAAAGUCUACUCUUGACCCAGGGGUUUUAGCCAACUAUAGACCGAUUUCUAACCUCCCCUUCCUCUCUAAGAUUCUGGAGAAAGUAGUCGCCAAAGAGUUGUGUGACUUUCUAAAUAACAAUAGUUUAUUUGAACGCUGCAACACGAGUACUGACAGGAACUAGAAAAAGAGAUCACAUCUCUCCUGUACUAGCUUCUCUGCAUUGGCUCCCUGUAAAAUGUAGAAUAGAAUUUAAAAUCCUCCUCCUCACCUAUAAAGCUCUUCAUGGUCAGGCCCCUUCAUAUCUUAAAGAGCUCAUAGUACCCUAUUACCCCUCUAGAACACUGCGUUCUCUGAAUGCUGGGCUACUUGUGGUUCCUAUAGUCUCUAAAAGUAGAACAGGAGCCAGAGCCUUCAGUUACCAAGCUCCUCUCCUGUGGAACCAGCUUCCAGUUGUGGUUCGGGAGGCAGACACCCUCACCACAUUCAAGAGUAGGCUUAAGACAUUCCUCUUUGAUAAAGCUUAUAGUUAGGGCUGGAUCAGGUGAGUCCUGAACCAUCCCUUAGUUAUGCUGCUAUAGGCCUAGACUAUCGGGGGAUUUCCCAUGGUGCACUGAGCUCCUCUCUUCCUCUCUCUUUCUGCACUCAUUCAUGUCCCAUUAAUGCAUGUUACUAACUCCACUUCUUCCCCGGAGUUCUUGUGCUUUCUCGUCUCGCACGUUCUUAUCGAUCCUGGUGGAGCCUCCUGCCAUGGUCCUGCUAGAUUGCCAUUGCCAGUACUGUUGUUGCUGUGCACCUGUCUGUCUGUCUGUCUGUCUGUCUGUCUGUCUCUCUCUCUCUCUCUCUCUCUCUCUCUCUCUCUCUCUCUCUCUCUCUCUUUCUCUCCCACCCACCUAGAGCCGGAGGAUCUGUCCUAGGUUUCUGCCUUUUAACAGGCAGUUUUUCCUUGCCCUUGUCUCCAAGGUCUUGCUCAUGGUGGUACUGUUGGGUCUCUGUAAAUAAUGUUAUAAAGAGUUCGGUCUAGACCUACUCUAUUUGAAAAGUGUCCUGAGAUAACUUCUGUUAUGAAUUGGCGCUAUACAAAUAAAAUUGAAUUGAAUUGAA